AUGAUCCAGGUUCUCUUGGUAACCAUAUGCUUAGCAGUUUUUCCAUAUCAAGGGAGCUCUAUAAUUCUGGAAUCUGGGAACAUUAAUGAUUAUGAAGUAGUGUAUCCACAAAAAGUCACUGCAUUGCCCAAAGGAGCAGUUCAGCAAAACUAUGAAGACACCAUGCAAUAUGAAUUUAAAGUGAAUGGAGAGCCAGUGGUCCUUCACCUAGAAAAAAAUAAGUAUGCUAACUCAGAGAUAUUCUCUUUUUUCAUUCUUUCCAGAGGACUUUUUUCAGAAGAUUACAGCGAGACUCAUUAUUCCCCUGAUGGCAGAGAAAUUACAACAUACCCCUUGGUUGAGGAUCACUGCUAUUAUCAUGGACGCAUCCACAAUGAAGCUGACUCAACUGCAAGCAUCAGUGUAUGCGAUGGUUUGAAAGGACAUUUCAAGCUUCAAGGGGAGAUGUACCUUAUUGAACCUUUGAAGUUUUCUGACAGUGAAGCCCAUGCAGUCUACAAAUAUGAAAAAGUAGAAAAAGAGGAUGAGGCUCCCAAAAUGUGUGGGGUAACCGAGACUAAUUGGAAAUCAGAUGAGCCCAUCAAGGCUUCUCAGUUAGUUGUUACUGCUGAAGAACAAAGAUACUUGAACACCAGAAAAUACAUUGAGCUUGUCAUAGUUGCAGACAAUGUAAUGUUCAAGAAAUACACCAGCAAUUCAACUGCUAUAAAAACAAGAAUAUAUGCACGUGUCAACACUUUAAAUCUGAUUUUCAGAGCUUUCAAUAUUUAUAUAGCACUGAUUGGCCUAGAAAUUUGGUCCAACAAAGAUUUUAUUAACGUGCAGUCAGCAUCAAAAGUUACUUUGGACUUAUUUGGAAACUGGAGAAAGACAGUCUUGCUGAACCGCAAAAGACAUGAUAAUGCUCAGUUACUCACGGGGAUUGACUUUGAUGGACCAACUGUAGGAAGGGCUUAUGUGGCCAGCAUGUGUGACCCGAAGGAUUCUGUAGGAAUUGUUCAGGAUCAUAACAAACUAGAUGUUAUGGUUGCAAUCACAAUGGCCCAUGAGCUGGGUCAUAAUCUGGGCAUUAAUCAUGACGGAAAUCAGUGUAAUUGCGGUGGUAACCCAUGCAUCAUGUCUGCGACGCUAAACUUUGAGCCUGUCUUUCGGUUCAGCGAUUGUAGUCGGGACGAACAUUGGAAGUAUCUUAUUGAUAAGAGGCCUCCGUGCAUUCUCAACAUACCCGUGAAAACAGAUAUUGUUUCACCUCCAGUUUGUGGAAAUUACUUUGUGGAGGUGGGAGAAGAAUGUGACUGUGGCCUUCCUGCAAAUUGUCAAAAUCAGUGCUGCGAUGCUGCAACUUGCAAACUGAGACCUGGAACACAAUGUGAAGAUGGAGAGUGUUGUGAGCAAUGCCAGUUUAAGGGGGCAGGAACAGAAUGCCGGGCAGCAGAGAGUGAGUGUGACAUUGCUGAAAGCUGCACUGGCCAAUCUGCUGAGUGUCCCACGGAUGACUUCCAAAGGAAUGGACAACCAUGCCUAAACAACAAUGGUUACUGUUACAAUGGGAAGUGCCCCAUCUUGACAGACCAAUGUAUUUCUUUCCUUGGGCCAAGUGGAACUGUGGGUCCAGAUGGAUGUUUUAAUAAUAACCUGAAAGGCAAAGGUAAUUUCUACUGCAGAAAGGAAAACGGUAGAAAGAUUCCAUGUGCACCACAGGAUGUAAAGUGUGGCAGGUUAUUCUGCGUACAGGGUCCAAUUGGAAAGAAAAUUACAUGCCAAAGCACAUAUUCACCAGAUGACCCAGACUAUGGAAUGGUUGAUCAUGGAACAAAAUGCGCAGAUGGAAAGGUCUGCAGCAACAGGCAGUGUGUUGAUGUGACUACAGCCUACUAAUCAACCUCUGGCUUCUCUCUGAUUUGAUUUUGGAGAUCCUUCUUCCAGAAGGUUUCACUUCCCUCUAGUCCAAAGAGAUCCAUCUGUCUUUAUCCUACUAGUAAAUCACCCUUAGCUUCCAGAUGGCAUCCAAAUUAUGCAAUAUUUCUUCUCCAUGUUUAAUCUGAUUAUCUUUUGCUGUAAUCAAACUUUUUUUCCCACCACAAAGCUCCAUGGGCAUGUACAACACUAAGGGCUUAUUUGCUAUCAAGAAAAAAAAUGGCCAUUUUACCGUUUGCCAAUUGCAAAACACAUUUAAUGCAACAGGUUCUGCCUUUUGAGCUGGGGUAUUCGAAGUCAAUGCUUCCUCUCCCACAAUUUCACGCUGUAGCUGCUUCCAUCAAUAAACUAACUAUUCUCAUUCUG